CUCGCCGCCACGGGGGUGGUGCUGAGCUGCCUGGCCGCCGUGACAUGGCUGGUGCUGAAGCUGAGGCAGGGCGUCCUCAUGCUCGCCGUGACUAGCGCGGCCAAGACCACGUCCCUCGUCGCCUUGGAGAGGGUCCCGGCGUCCUGGCGGCCCUACCUGGCCUACCUGCUGGGGCUGCUGGGCAUCCUUCUGGCCGGCUACGCCGACCGGCUCUGGCCCCCGCGGCGGGCCGCCCCGCUGGCCGAGCCUCCCGCCGCCCCCCCGGCCGCGGACGAAGCCCCGGUGCUCAGGCGGCGGCGGCGGUCCAGCUCCAUGAUCUCCCCCGAGAUGUCGGGCGGCGGCGGCAGCGGCAACAAGACCCACCGGAGGACCUCGCUGCCCUGCAUUCCCCGGGAGCAGCUCAUGGGGCAUUCUGAAUGGGAUCACAAACGAGGACCCAGAGGCUCACAGUCUUCUGGCACCAGCAUCACGGUGGACAUCGCUGUCAUGGGAGAGGCACACGGGCUCAUCACAGACCUCCUGGCUGAUCCUUCGCUGCCCCCCAACGUCUGCACGUCCCUGAGGACAGUGAGCAACCUGCUCAACACUCAGCUGACCUUCCAGGCCAUCCACAAGCCCAGGGUGAAUCCCUUGGUGUCCUUCAGUGAGAACUACACCUGCUCCGACUCGGAGGAAUGUCCGGAGAAGGGAGAGAAACUGGCAAUUCCCAAGCGCUUACGGAGGAGUUUGCCUCCAGGACUGCUGAGACGAGUGUCCUCGACCUGGACCACCACCACAUCAGCCACAGGACUGCCCACCCUGGAGCCAGCUCCAGUGAGGAGGGACCGCAGUGCCAGCAUCAAACCUCACGAAUCUUCUUCAUCCAGCUCUGACUCCUGGAACAGCUCCAUUCUGAUGACAAUCACCAAGAGCAGGUCCUUCUCCACCUCCUACGCCGUGUCCUCCGCCAACCACCUGAAUGCCAAGCGGCAGAGCCGCCAAGGUAUCCCUCCAAAUAUUUCACCUCUCACCUCCCCGUGCCAUUCGCCGAUUCAGGGGACGCCUGCCACGAGUCCUACUGGCAAAACAUCUUCUGUGUCAUUUCCAGAGCCCACAGACACUGACACCAAGCAGGGCCUAAAGCCACACAAAGUCUUAACUUCUACUCAGAGUGCACCUAGCCUGUCAGACCCUGUCAUCAGCCCCUCCAUCAUCUGCAGAAGCUGUGGCAGACCCUACACCCAAACAGAAGCUGGUGAUGGGACACUAAAUAGAAAUGAUGCUACUACACACACCCUGAACAGAACAGAUGACCCUGCCCAAGCCACCUCUGACUACGAGACCAACAACAGUGACAGCAGUGACAUCGUGCAGAACGACGACGACGCGGAUUGCUCCAAGGAGCAGCCACGGAAGGGAUCUGGCUGUAGGUCCUACACACCUGAGACCAUCAUCCUGCAUCCCUUGACACCACCUGAGGACAAACCUGUACUGGCUCCUGAACCCCUGGUUAUGGACAACUUGGAUCCCCUGAUGGAGCAGCUCAAUAGCUGGAACUUCCCAAUCUUUGAUUUGGUGGAAAAAAUUGGGAAGAAAUGCGGUCGGAUUCUCAGUCAGGUAUCAUACAGACUUUUUGAUGACAUGGGGUUGUUUGAAACUUUUAAAAUACCAGUGAGGGAAUUUAUGAACUACUUUCAUGCCUUGGAGUGUGGAUACAGAGAGAUUCCUUAUCACAACCGAAUCCAUGCCACGGAUGUGCUGCACGCCGUGUGGUACCUCACAACCCAGCCCAUCCCGGGACUGCCUACGGUCAUCAACGACCACGGCUCAGCCAGUGACUCAGAUUCUGACAGUGGGAUCACCCAUGGCCACAUGGGGUACGUCUUUUCAAAGACCUACACACCUUCAGACGACAGCUACGGAUGCCUGGCUGGCAACAUCCCUGCCCUGGAGCUGAUGGCUCUUUAUGUGGCUGCAGCCAUGCAUGACUAUGAUCACCCAGGAAGGACCAAUGCCUUCUUGGUAGCAACCAGUGCUCCUCAGGCGGUGCUGUACAACGACCGCUCCGUGCUGGAGAACCACCACGCUGCUGCUGCCUGGAACCUCUUCAUGUCCAGGCCAGAGUACAACUUCCUGGUCAACCUGGACCAUGUGGAGUUCAAGCAUUUCCGCUUCCUCGUCAUCGAGGCCAUCCUGGCUACUGACCUGAAGAAGCACUUUGAUUUCGUGGCCAAGUUCAACGCCAAGGUGAACGAUGACGUUGGCAUCGACUGGACCAACGAGAACGACCGCCUGCUGGUCUGCCAGAUGUGCAUCAAGCUGGCUGACAUCAACGGGCCUGCCAAGUGCAAGGACCUGCACCUGCAGUGGACAGAGGGCAUCGUCAACGAGUUCUAUGAGCAGGGUGAUGAAGAGGCCAGCCUGGGCCUGCCCAUCAGCCCUUUCAUGGACCGCUCUGCUCCCCAGCUGGCACACCUCCAGGAGUCCUUCAUCACUCACAUCGUGGGACCUCUCUGCAACUCCUACGACUCGGCAGGGCUGAUGCCAGGAAAAUGGAUAGAAGAGAGUGAUGAGUCAGGAGACACCGAUGAGCAGGAGGAGGAGGAAACAGCAGAAAUGGACACCUGUGAAAACGCCGAAUCCAGAAAGAAGAAGUUCAAGAGGAGGAAAAUCUACUGUCAGAUCACUCAGCACCUGCUUCAGAACCACAAGAUGUGGCAGAAGGUGAUUGAGGAUGAGGAGAGGUUGGCUGGGUCAGAGAAGCAAGGCACGGAGCAAUCCCCACUGCACCAAUCUUCAGAACAAAUCCAGGCCAUCAGGGAAGAGGAGGAGGAGAAAGGCAAGGCCAAGAAGGAUGAAGAGGAGAACACAACUGUAGAACCAAACCAAUGACAAUAUUUACAGCAGUAUUUUAAGACAGAUUGACUCGUGCACAGACUCUUUCUCAAGCCAGCACAGCAUUUAGACACAACACUGUAGAAGUAUGGGAUAAUGCGCCUACAGCUGUUUCAUUUGUUUCUCUUUCCUUUUCAUGGUGAGGUACAUUGUUUAAACUCCUAUGCUCAAGGAAGCUUUCACACUGCAACACCGGCUUUACAGACUUUCUUUGAAGAGAUUUGGGGGUGGGUGGCAUUAUAUAAAUAUAUAUAUAUAUAUAUAUAGCCAGGGUUAUUGGCUGCACACUUCAGCAAAUUACAUUUAAUGAUAUAUUAUGGUCACUGUGAUAUUUACAGGAGAAAGUUAUCUGAGGAAAUGCUGCUUCUGAAGCACAUUUGCAGUUAACAGUAAGGUACCAGUUAAGUAGCUUUUUGAUCUUAAUGCUGAGGGAUAAAAGUUCCAAAGCUUUAUACGAAUGCUGAUGUAUCCUGCCAACACAAAUGUGUGAGUGAGGGGGUGUUUGCAAGUGUGAGUGGAUGUGAGGAAAUACAGCGUGCUCUGAGUUCUUACCACACUAGCUGUAGCACAUGUCCCAGCAUACCACAACAAACAGAAGGCCAGAAUUUUAGAGAAUUCGUGCCUGCAAGGGAACAAUUUUGAGGAGCUUUGCUUUCCCUCCAGUCCCAGUUUGCACUCCAGCUGCGGGCAGCCUCCGUUCAGCAGCAGCCCAGGCGCUGCUCUGGCCCUUCCAGCUGUGCUGGCAUCACCUCCUCCUCCUCCUCCUCCUCCUCCUCCUCCUCCUGGGCACCUCCCAGGGAUGUGCCCUGUCUGCAGAGGGGGCAGUGCAUGGCACAGCAGCCUGUGUCCCUGCAGAAGGCUGGCCCUGCCCGGGCUCUGCGGGGUGAGCGCGCCGCGGGGCCGCCCGCGUGCUUGGGCACGCUGUCCCCUUCUGCCCUCAGCCCUGCCUCUGGCAUCCAUCACCAAACGUGGAGCUGAGAACAAAGCUGAACUGCUGGGAGACAGAGGGAGGGGAGCUGGGGGCCAGGGGGAGAAGGCAGAGGGUGCAUGAGGAGCUGCUUGGGCACAGGUGCCAGUCCUGCGUGGGCUGGGCACUCGGUGCCCCAGGAUCUGCUCUCAUGGGCUUCACACAACUCGGGUUUUCAGGGCCAGUUUGUUGCUGGCAUUCUGCUUAGGAGCAGCAUGUUUGAUCCCACCAAUAUAUUUUUCUUUUCUUCUUUCUUCUUUUUUUUUUUUUUUUUUUUUGAUAACAGAAAGAAAAAGAUCAGGCCUGUAAGAACAGCAGAUCUUUUUGUUGUUGUUGUUGUUCUGUUCAUUUGUUUUUCUCUGUUGUUUAUGCUGUGAGCCAAAUGUCUAUUUAAAAGGUUGGAUAUUCACUUUCAAUAUUUUAUUUCACGAUAUAUUUGUCAAUGAUUAGCUAUCUAGAUGUAAAUAUGGAAAAAUUUUUAUGGGUUCCUGUAGAUAAUGAUAUCUUUAACAAAAAAAAAAAAAGAAAAAGAAAAAAAGGGAAAAGUUGUUUUGUAAAGAUAAUUUUUUUAAAAAUAAAUACAAAAACAUUUUUAUACAGUGUAGCCAUUUCCAAACCCCACAAAUAAAGUCUUGAGUAAUCUGUAUAGACCCUUCUGGGAAACCAGCAGUCUACAGGAUCAAGGCUUUAAAAUAUUAAUGCUCUUGGGGACUGGCAGCACCAAGCAGUACCCCACAAUUUAGAGACUUGUUCCCACAGAAAGAGUUCUAUAUAUAAGCUGCAGUAUCUCUCAGAACUCCUUUGACUGUGUGUGCUUUUUCUAGUUUGAUUCUGCAGCCCAUCACCAAGAAGAGGGUUGCAGUGAGGGUAAGAUUCCUUGUGAAAGGCAGAGUUUGUAGAAGUCCCUUCUGUAUUAAAUUUCUGGCAUUGCACCCAUCACUUUUUGCUAUUGUUACACAUUCACCAAAUUUCAUGGUCCUGUUGACACCUCCCCAAAAUGCUGGAACCAUUCUCUGACAAAGCCAGUCACAGGUGUGUUGUCACUUCAGGGCUCCUUCUUGCUUUGUGUUUCUGUCUGCUCAAAAGAGGAUUUGGGGUUUUUGCUGGUUGCAUUUGCCUGAUACUGCCCUGUCCUACCUUAGCAGUAGAAAAUGUGUUUGCCUUUCAGCAGAGUGACUGGGGCAGGUUCUGAAUGCUCUUAGCAGCAGGAAUAUUUAGGAAGUGUUUUCCAGUGAAAUCAGGAAAGCACAGAUCCAAAUUGCCCUGCUGUUUUAAAGGGAAAGGACAUUGAAGUCAUUCAGAAGAAAAAAGUUGUCUCCAAGAUCUCAGCAAGUCUCCACCAAUUCCAGCUUGUGUUGUUUUCAUGUCUUUUCAGUCACUUUGAUAAUUUUAUUUGGGCUUUUCUUGUGCAAGUGAUAUGGAUACCUUAGAGUAUGAGAAGGUUUUAUUAUGCCUCAUUCUGUCCUUUAAAAAUUCAAUUUACAGAGAUGCUUUAAAAUGUCACAUUUCCAAGCACUUCUUUCUCAAUUUUCAGUGCAGAAUCACUGCAAUUGGAUUUUAAUAGUGGGGUUUAUAUUGCUCUUGCUAGAAGAGGAAAAAAUUCUAUUGCAGCAAGUGUUAGUGGGUGCCCAGUUGGUAAAAUUAUGCAGAAGCAUUCAAGAAUGAGGCCAAAUGCUGUGAGUAGGGUUUCACAUAUUCCUCUAAACUGGCAUUCCCAGGGUUGGAAAGAACUAAGAGUAGCUAAGAAAAGUUAUCUGAAAAUGUGCUGAAAUGAAACCAUCAUAUUUUUCUAGUCAUCAUUUUUGCCAUUAAGUAAAAUUAGUGGCAGCCUCUAAUUUGUUUUUCUGCAUUGCCAAGGCAGCUGUUGGAAGUUGAUAGACCCCAGCCUGUUCAUGGGAGCAGCCACUGAGCUGCACCUUUAUGGUGAAGAAAUUGCUGACAGACUUAAAAUGAGAAUAAUUAUUGUUUUUAUCCAAACUAGAAAGGAAUUCCAGUGGAGAAGCUGAAGUGGCUGCGAGUGCUCAGCUUGGUAAGAGGUGACUUUUUUUUUCCCCACUUCAAAUAGUUCCAAUUUCUGCAGGUGGUCCCUCCUUAUGCAUCUGAUUCUCAGUCUUUGAAGUGCAUGUCUGGCAGGAAUGAUCAGGAAAUCUCCAGGCUGGCUGAGAUAUAACACAAAAUACCAGAGAGAUUUUAUGUCAAGACUGUGAAAAAGAUUUUUUUUUCUGUUGUUCUUCGAGGUUCAUAGAUAAUGAAGCAGGUAAUUUAGGGGGCUUUUUAAUAUUUUCUAGUCCAAAGGAGGCAAAACUUUUCUCCUGCAGUUGCAGCAGCCUUUUGAAGGCAGAAGGUUUUCACUUUGUGUAGUCCUUUGGUGUUGCAAGCACCAAAUAAUCCACAGCCUAAGAAAUAUUUUAGGAAGAAAAACUAAAUAAAAGAAAAUUAAUUCCAUUCAAUGAGCAAAAAGCUCUUGUUUAAGGUGGGAUGUUUGCAAUGUUGAUAUGAGUUCCUGCUACACACCAUAUGUAAAGCAGUGUGGUAGACACUAAAGAAAGCAAGCCCCAUUUAAAUGGUGUUUGGCAGUGGCAAACCCAAAGUACUUUAGUUCUCUUUAAAAACAAGAGGAGAAGGACUAGAUGAUUUUUUUUCCUUUUGGAUAUUACUUUAAUGGCACUUGGUGUCUGAUCCUGUUCCCUUCCAGACUAGAAGUGUGCCUGAAAUGCUUUUGCAGUGCUUGCAGCUCCCAGUGCAGUGACAAAAGGACUCAGUGUGUCAUGCAGCAAUCACAUGAAAACACUUUUGUCCCUAUAUUGGCACCUUUGUUGAUGGCCACGUGGUGUUUACCAUAUAUAACUUCUCCUUACACUUGUGUUGCAGAGGGAACACGUGGAAGCAGAGAGUGUGAAAGCCCCAAACAAUUAAAUUACUUUGUAGGAGGAGUGGAAGACAGUAGCUUUUAAGAAACCAAAAAUGCUGUGUCUAAAAUCAAUAAUUUCCACCAUGCUCAAAGGGCCAUAGUUUACUACUCUCUAUAUUUAUGCUCUAAUUCUAAAAUCUUGGCUUGUUUUUAGCUUAUUUAAUGUGCAGAGCAUUUUGACACUUGUCUCUGGAAAUCAUCUACUCCCAGCAGCAGGAAGAUGGUGUUUGAUGAGAUGUUGCAUCAGGAGUUGCUGCAAUCUAGGGGAAAGGGAUUUUGCUGUGCUUUUGGCAGGAUUUUGGAUGGCCUUCAUGUGUGGAUGAAAUCUUGCACACAGAGCUGUGUGUCACCACAUGUGACAUCAUUCAGGGUGCUGGUUCUCAUAGCAAACAUGGUCAUGUUAUGGCAGGAAAUGCUUCUCAGGGAAGAUGUCAUUUGAGAAUGCUUUUGUUAAUUAUUCAAGGAUACUUUUCAUCAGUUUUUAUUCUGGCAUCAUGCAUGAACUUCUCUCUGCAUCAUCAUCAUCAGCCUAAAGAUGGAUUUAGGGAUUUACCAUUAGUGCCCCACUGCUAGAAUUCCUAAGAUCCUGGUGGUCUGAAUCUGGAAGAAGGCUAAAGCUGCAGAGGUUCAAACAGAUGCUUUUACAGGUCCAAUCUGGCAUCUAAGCAAAUUUCUCUCCCUAGUCCCAUUCUAUGCAUUCCACUUGACAUAAAGUUCUUUUUUUUUUUUGCUUUAAACAUUCUAAAUUUCUGUCUUCUUUUUCACUAGAAUUUUUUUUUUUCUGAAAUUCUGGCCCCAUCCUUCUUCAGGAAUGCCCUGGGAAGGAGAAUGCAGUGUGAAGAAGGCAAGGAUCUUGCCAAAUUCAGAGCCUGUAAGGACUCUGUGUGGGCAUCCACACGGAUCUGUGAGCUGAGUAGGUGUGGGGGAGCUGCCUGGACUUGGAAUCCUUGAGAAUUUUGUCAGUUCUCAAAACAAACCCUAGGCAUUUUUGAAAGCUCAGCCAUGAGUCUGAUGCAGCAAAAGCUUUGUGCUUGGUGCUGGUUGUUAGUGAAGUUCUUGUGCAAAGUCUGUGUAAGUCCUGCCAGCACUGAGGUGUUCCAACAUCCCAUGGAAGGAAGGAAGGAUGGAAGGGUUCAGUUUAAGGAGGAGAAGUUGCUGAGCAUCCCAGGGCCUCGUGGGCAGCAGAUCAGACAGAAACCCAUUCCCAGAGUGAAGGAUUCUCCUCUCUGUUGGCCUCAGAACAUGGAGUUCCCCCCUGGCAGCUCAGAGCUGGGGAGAUCAGGGUUGUACACAUCAGGAGGGAAGGGAAACCUCCAUUCUGUGGGAAGGAGGAAAGGAAAUCACAGUCCAUUCUCAGCCAGACUUCAUAAAACAAAACUUAUUUUCCUUUUCUUUCAAAAGCAAAUGUAAUCCUGCUGAAAUGGAGUAAACACAGAGUUUCUGGGAGGUUCAUUGCAGCUUGAUGUUGCUGUAUUAGUCAAAAUGAUGGCAGUGUUAAAGAGAAGAUAAUUAUUCCCAUUAAUUAGAGCAGGAGAGUCUUCAUUUUUUCCUGUUUUUCAGUGAAUCAACAGGUAAGAGCAUCCAGAGAACAAUGCAUGUUAAGUGAUUUUGAACUGAUGAAAGAAUCAUAGAAAUUAGGUGAGAGCUGUCUUAACAAACAUUGGAAGAGCUUGCAAAAUUAUUGAUUAUUGGAGUAAAACUUUGAUUUAGAGCAAAAUAGCACCAGUACUUUUGAGAGCAAUUUAGUGUGAUAGCUCUUUCUUUGAAUUUCAUCACUUUCCUUUAGCAAAACAACAUUCCUCUGCAGGUAAAUCAAAGCAGGGUUUAGCCUCUGCUGUGGUAGAUAUUGAGUCCCAGUGUUGGGGGGAGCAGUGUGAGAAUUAUUCUCCAUUUACAACCUAAUUAUGGUUUAUUCAGAGGCCAUUAGUGGGAUUUUCCUGGCAGGCAGGUGUUCUUUUGAUGAAAAAUGCAUCUCACCAGCUCAGCAGGGUGCAGAUGUCACCUGAGUGAGCCCUGAGGACUCCUCGGGAGCCUGGGGGCAGAGCAGUGCCGGUGUAUUUCUGCAGAGGUCAUUUUCACAGUGACAAAAGGCACAAAAGGCAGGAGCUGGAGCUAGCUAACAAAGCCUCUUUGAUAAAAAUGAAAUGGUAAGCACUGUGCAGUCUGAAACCCUGCCAGUGCCACUGGGGUGUACACAGACAUCUCCUGAGUGCUUGCUCCUGUAAAACUGCUGUGAGUUCAGGUAAAACCAGCUGGCCUUGGGUGUGUCUGUCAAGCUGAAGGGUGUAGUAAAUCAAGAAGAAUUUUUGACUGAAGUUAUUUAAUUCUCCUUCAUCAAGGAACACUUUGCUUGGUGCAAGAGGAGGGAAAAAAAAAAAAAAAAAGAGAAUAUUUCAUUUGAGCUUUUCAGGUUGCCAGUCUGUGCCAGUGGUCUCUUGCUCCCAAAGCUGUGUGUGCAGGAUGUCUGAGAUGUGGGAAUGGGGCAGCAGAGGAGAAUUGUUCUACCCUGGAUGCCACAGGGAGUCUCUGUGCUCUGGGGAGCACCAUGAAACCUGCAGCUGUGCAAAGAGCAGGGAAUUAGCUGGGGAAACCCAAAUACUCCUGUUUUCUGUGUGGGAGCAUAGAGCAGGUACACAGGAGUGUGCCACAGCUGCAAGCCAUGUGUCCUCUUAUGGCUGAAUUCUCUUGUCCUGAGGCAAACCCACAGAAAUCAGAUCACAUAAUAGCUCAGUUUUCAAUGCUGUCUUCCUGUACUGCAGCAAAUGCUUAGAAACAAUUGAUGUGAAUUAGCAACUGCUCUUUGCUUUUAAAUAUUUAUUUAAAGGAGUUGGGAGGUUUUGGUGGUGCUUUUCAUUUUUCUCCUCUGACCCCAGUCAUUUCCCCCCCAUGCUUUCCUAAAAAAGAAUAAAAAAUUAGAAAGCUCAGUGAUCUGGUCAGAGAGAAAGCAGGGAGAGGUUUGCCCUGUGUCCAUUCUGCUUCAGGCAGAAAGGCUGCUGGAGUCUGCUAGAGCUGACUGUCCUUCCCAAAAUUCCUGCCUGAUCCUGAAACACAACCAAAACCUGUGUUUGAGUGCAAAAUGUUGAUUUGUGGGUGUUUGUAAACCUCGAUGGAGUGCUGCAGGGGGUGUCCCAAGAGAUCAAAGCCAGCGUUAAUGCCUGCUCUGUGCUGUUGAUGAUAUCUUUAAUAUUCAACCAUGUCAGUGUACUUUUGAUCAUUGCUUUCCUAAAGUUGUCUUCUUCUCUUGAAUAUCAGUAUCAGAUGUUUGCAUGAUGGAAAGUCAUUUAAGUUCACUUUUCAAAAGCAGUGAUUCAUACCGUGGGUUACCUUUGUUUAACAGAGUCACAUUUUCACUGACGGGUGGCAGUUUUUUUUUUUCUUUUUAGUGCUUUUGAUAGAAGAACAUCCAGGAUAUUUUCCAACAAAAACCCAUUUUUUCACCUUUGCCUCCAGUUCUGGAAGAAAUACCUCCCCAAAAUAAUCCUUUUCCAAUGCAGUUUGGCCUGUCUGGGUAACCAUAUGCAAGUAUGUACAUCAUGUGGAAGAUGUGAUUGAAACAUUUCAAAAUCCCAUUUUGGUAAAGUAAUCAAGAAAUUAACCUAGCAAGAUUACAACCCUUUCUAAAUUCAAAUCUUGGGUGUGCCAAUAUAAUUGAAGCACUUGACCCCCACCAGAUUUGAGGGCCAAAUUAUACAGAUUUUUUAUUUUAAAAUUAACAACAGGCCAGACAAUUUUCUUUUUCACUUCAGGAAACACUGAGAAAUUUGGUGAUCUUACAUCCUGUGAGGGUUGGCUCCUGGUCUGGGACCUUGGGGCAGAAUUAUUUUAAUGAUGUUUAUUCAGACUCAGCUAUAGUAGCAGGUUUCCACAAAUCACUCCUGUCCUACAAAUUCAAUCCCUCCUUGGAUUAUUUUUUUUUUCACUUCAAAAGGUGAGAAAAAGAUGGGGGGGGGGGGGGGGUUUGCAAUUUUAUAUGGCUCUAUUUGACAAAGGGUUUUGUGUACCUUUAUAAUUCUUUUGAAGCAAUAUUUUAAAAAAUAACUGCCAGCCCAAGUGGCAAUGCAGAGAAGUGCCAUCUUGUUUGGGAUUUGUACACGCCAGUUUUUAACACAGUGUUCUUUUCACUAAGUACUACAUACUUUAAUUUAUAUUUAUAUAUUGUCAAUAUUGUUGUAACCAAGCUUCUCCUUUCUAAACACUUCAGGAACAAGGCCUUGUAUUUUUAGGUGAUUUUCAUAAACAGAAUAAUUCUUUUCCUUUCACUAGUAUCUUGCACUCGAUACAUGUAGCAAUACUUAAUAUAUUCUCUUCACAAGUAUUUGUUAAGUGAUUUAGUUAAUGGCUGAUAAAUGUUUUGUACAAAAUAGAUUCUGUACAGGAAAAAAAAAAAUCUUUUAGAUAAACAUUAUUUAUUUUUACUGUUUUGUAAGUUAGACACUAUAAUGAAGCUCCUUUUUGCCAGAAUUACUGGAAGUGCCUCUUGGUAAAAUGUAUUAUACAGUAAAUAUGUAUUCAAAAUUAUUAGAAAUACUUGUCACAAAAUGAACAAUGUGGAUGUUGCAAUGUGAAGACAAAUGUACAACAUAAAUAUAAUUCUGUGGUAUCUUG